AUCGGGCUGAUGGAUUAAUAACUUCUCUGUAAACAUCUGAAAACAAUAAUUUGUGUUGGGUGAGGAUCACUAUACAUCACCUCACAUCAGGAGUUAGGGAAACUUGUCCUCUGAUCUGGUUUGUGUUUAACUGAAAUACACCAGUGUCUCAAAACUAACAAUGGCUAUAUAUCAUAAAGCUUUUAUAAAAACACCAACAAUCAUCUCUAUUAUUCUGUAUGUGUUAACACUUAACUUGUCAUUCAAAACUGUCACAUGGGCGACAACUACAGCAGGUAUAAAUUUAACGCUGAAGAAAGAAUGUACUACCCAGACAUGUUUCCAAAAUUUUCUUGAUCAGAUAGAAAACAUUACAGUACUCCCAUUGGAUACCGUCACCAGUAUUUUGACUGUGGCCUUCAGCACUUUAGAGAAGAUUCUAGAGCCGUCAUUAUUAUCAAGCCCAACUGAACUAGCCUUCUUUGGAAACCUUGUGUUAAAAACCAGUGAAAAACUCAUCUCUACAUUAGUGAAGCCAACAGACACAAGUUACAGUGUCAAUUUUACUCUCGCUGCUAUAGAGGGUCAAGUCUUCAUGCUUGGACCAAAUGUCACCUUAGAUAAAAUCCCUCAACUCGACAUGACAAAUUCUUCUGUGGAAAUCGAUCUCAUUGGGAUCGCCAAUAACAACAAUGGAAGAUCAGCUGCUGUAGCUUUCAUGAGCUACACAAUGAUGGAGAAUCUACUGAAGCCAGACUUCUUUAACACACCAGAAAACAUGAUUAAAACCAUGAUGUCCACUGUGAUCUCAGCUACUCUUCCCAAAACCACCAACACUAAACUCACCAAACCAGUCAACUUCACCCUCAAACACAUCAGAGAGUUUGAUCCCAGUGGUUCUCUGUCCUGUGUUUACUGGAAUAUCAGCGAGUGGACUGUAGAUGGAUGUUCUGUUUUAAAGACCAACAGCAGCUACACUGUGUGUUCCUGUGAUCAUCUGUCCACAUUCGCUCUCAUCAUGCAAACCAGCCGCCCACCAGAGAGUGACCCACUGCUGGAGCUGUUGAAUUUGGUGUGUGUGAUCGUGGGGCUGGUGUUCUUCAGUUUAGCCCUGUUGACCUUUGCCCUUUGUCAGUGGAGCCCUGGAGUGAAUAAUGUGGCUCGAAUCAACAUCUGCAUCAGUCUUCUGCUGGCUCACCUUCUGUUCCUGCUCACACAGCAGUUCCUGAAUCUCAUACGGCCUCAGCAGGUGUUGUGUGCCGUGAUCGCAGGCCUUCUGCACUUCCUCUUUCUCUCCGGCUUUGUGUGGAUGUUCAUUGAAGCUGUGCUGCUCUUCAUCUGUGUGAAUAACCUAUCACAGAUCAGCUCCAAGAAGAGGGAGGUGCUUAGCAGUGGAUUCCUGUGUGUGAUUGGAUAUGUGGUUGCUCUGGUUGUGGUGUGUGUGUCUGCUUUGGUGGAUCCCAAAGGCUAUGGCAGUGAACUCUGCUGGAUUAAAAUGGAUAAAGGCUUCAUCUGGAGUUUUCAGGGUCCUGUUCUUGUCAUACUAGCGUUAAACAUGAUUAUCUUCAUAAAGAUCUUCACCACUGUGAACUCGGCUCUCAAAAAUCUCAAUGUUGAGGUUUCACAGAUGAAAAAAAACAAGAUUAUGGCAUUUAAAAUUCUGGGUCAGUGUGUGGUUCUUGGUUGCCCCUGGAUUCUGGGUUUCUUCAUUAAUGGCAGUGAGGUGCUGGAGAUCAUCUUCGUGAUCUUGAACUCCCAGCAGGGAACCUUCAUCUUCCUGAUCUACUGUGCCCUCAAUAAUGAGGUCUGGCAGCAGUACAGGAAGCUCUUCAGAUUAAUUUGCUGUGACAAACAACACUGAGGACUACAACAUAAUAUUAAGGAAGGAAUAAAUAUUGUUCAAUUAAAUGUUGGCAAAAAAUUAAUUACUUUUUAAUUUAUCUAGAGAGCAGCCCUUGGGCCACCAUGGCAUCAAAGAAAAAUCAUCAAGAUAAGACAACCCGAGAAAUUUAGAGAGAGUUUACUUCUCACUUCAUUUACUAGAUAAACAUUCACUAGCGAGACUUCUCUCCAUUAAUUCAUUGAACGAUUUGUCUAUUAAUUAUCAUACAUAUCCCCAGGACACUAUGUGUAUUAUUGCUUUUUAAAUAUUAUAUAUAUUUUGUCUUUGCAGACGUUGAAAAGACGUCCACUGAGAAGACAGAAUGUUUUUAUGACGUCUUUUUUAAACGUUUUUUAUGUCUUCUGUAUGUCCGAUAUAGACGUUCCCAGAUCCUCCUUAAAAGGUUCUGUGACUUUAUUUCUGUCAGACAUCUAGAGAAGCUCUUAUUGAGAAUUAACAGAGGUUUAAAUGUUUAUACUUGAUUCAUUUGAACAGCUUUUUCAAAUACACUGUUACAGCAGCAAGAGAAAAGCUAAAACAAGAAGUAACUUGUUUUAAACCAAACACUUUCCACCACAAUGGUGACUUCAAAUGAAUCAAGUAUCAACAUUUAAACCUCUGUUA